ACAUGACCUGGGUGUGCUGUUGUGUCGCGAAGACGAAGUACGUACACCUGUUGAGACGGAACAACGAGCUUGUUGGCGUGGAAUUGGGGAUUAGGCUUUAGGAAAAUAGCCGUGUAAACUUUUCUUUGCUUCGGGAUUUGUAUCACAAUCAAAUAGAUUCCCGUCGCGGCUGUCUUCACCGAGUUGAAUGAGUUCCAUCAGACCUGUCAAUAGUUAAACGAGGAAGUGCGCGCUUGACUCAUCGGUGUCGUCGCGCGGGCCGUCUGUCUAGUGUCUAACUUACCUAUGGCUACAUGUCGCAUAUUGAUAUUUCUGUAAGGACUGAUGUAUACAAUGCAUUUAUUAUUUUAGCUCCCCUACGAUGUUCAGAGUUAAGUGACGUUUAGGAUAAAGUGAUUUGAGUUUGAUCGCACUGAACUUCACAGUGUUGACAGGAUCACAAGAUGAAUGAGUCCAGUAUUACUACAGCUACUUUCAGCACUCUCUCAGUGGAUUCAGAUAAAAACAUGGAUAAUUCAGUCCCUUUGUCGUCAUACUCAAUCCUGUCAAAUAUAACUGACAUGUCUAACAUGACCGUAAUCAGGACAAGUAAUGGAACCGAAGUAGUGGGGGAUGACAAGAUCUUCCUCAACACCCCCAUUGCUCAAGCCUUGUCUGGCAUUUUCGUUUGGUCCGCACUCAUCCUCACCUGUCAUCAGAUAUACUUGCACCUGAGGUCGUACACGGUGCCAAACGAGCAGCGCUACAUCAUUCGCAUCCUCUUCAUUGUCCCCAUCUAUUCUUUCGACUCCUGGCUCAGCCUGCUGUUCAUCAGUAAUGACCAGUAUUAUGUGUAUUUCGACUCUGUUCGUGACUGCUAUGAAGCAUUUGUGAUAUACAACUUCCUGAGUCUGUCUUUUGAGUACCUCGGGGGAGAAAGUGCCAUCAUGUCGGAAAUAAGAGGAAAACCCAUUCAGUCCAGCUGCCUAUAUGGGACAUGCUGUUUAGGAGGAAUUAGUUACUCUAUUGGCUUCCUGAGAUUCUGCAAGCAGGCCACACUUCAGUUCUGUGUCAUCAAGCCCAUCAUGGCUGUCAUCACCAUCCUUCUGCAGGCUUUUGGCAAAUACCACGAUGGAGAUUUUAAUGUAACCGGAGGUUAUCUAUACAUCACCAUCAUCUACAACAUCUCUGUCAGUUUGGCUCUCUAUGCCCUCUUCCUCUUCUUCUUCGCCACCAGUGACCUUCUAAGACCUUUUGAGCCUGUGCUCAAAUUCCUCACCAUCAAAUCUGUCAUCUUCCUCUCAUUCUGGCAAGGUAUGGUAUUGGCCAUUCUGGAGCGUUGCGGUGUGAUCCCAGAAGCUCUGGUCAUUGAUGGUCAUGAGGUCGGUGCUGGUACAGUGGCAGCCGGUUGGCAGAACUUCAUCAUCUGCAUCGAAAUGUUCUUCGGCGCCAUCGCCCUCCGCUACGCCUUCACCUCCAGUGUGUACCGCGAGAAGAAGAGUGAAACACCAGAGAAUGUAGCACCUAUGCACAGCAUAUCCAGUGGCCUGAAGGAGACCAUGAACCCUGGAGACAUGGUUCAGGACGCAAUCCACAACUUCUCCCCAGCCUACCAACAGUACACCCAGCAGUCCACCCAGGAAGUGGUGCAACCCAACAUGAAUGGCAAACCAGGGGUCAACACCACCAAGAGUGCUAAGAAAUCUGACAAAGUGAUGCUGAUCGACACGGAUGAUGAGUUCUAGUUUCCCAUCUGUCCUGAUCUUUCUAUUUAUUUAAUCCGGAACUAAAUUGACUCUUUCUAACUUUAAUGAGGAGACUAAUCAUCCAAAUCAGCUCAUGAUUUUUAAAAAAGGGAUCUGGACAGUUUCCUGACAAGGAAUGAAGGUAGACCGGGUCAUGUAAGGGUUUUGUUUUACUUAUUGUUGUCCCAAGCUCAUCCUGUAUUGGCGGAUGAUCUUGUCCUAUUGAGAAGAUUCCCUUCUCUCCUCCCAAACCUUUCCGAGGCAUGGCUGAUCAACAUGAGGCACGUGGAGCUGUUCAGAUGGAAUGAAUAAGGGACUGACACUUUAGGGAGCCAUUCUUGCAUCUGGUCGAUUGAAGUAUUUGCUCAGCUGCUCUCUGCUGGGUCUCAGGACGAAUUGAACUGGCUCUCAAAGAUGCUCUGGCUUUGGAGAAGCACUUCAAACUGUUGUCUGCGGAUCUUUGAAACCUUUGUAUCAGUCAUGCCACACGGACAGAGCACUGUCCCGGCUUUGAUUUGGAGGUUCAUUAAUUUUCACACCAGGCCUUCAAAAACAGUGAGAUCUGAUGCAAAAAGGCGAGUCUCUGCUAUCAUCACGUCAUUUAAUUGCAAAUAAUGUGUAUUCAGCCAGUGUUUGGUUGGUUGGUUAAUUAAAGCUUUAACCUGGGACAUCUUAAGUGUGAAGUAGCACAAGUGUUACCAUUAAUUUGUUGUUAAAUUAUGUUUAGUUAUCCACUGCUUAACCUUUCGAGGGUGUUUUGUUCACCUCUUUAAUGAUUUGCCCAAAUCGUUUGGUAACAGUCCAUGGUGAAAUGUAUUUAGUUAAGUGUCAUGAAAGGCUAUAACUACUUGUUACCACAAAGUCAGUCAUCAUCAGUGCUUUCUAAACAGAACUUAAGUCUUCAAAAUCCUGACUUUUGAAGUUUCUGAGUGCAGCCUUUGUUUUGACUGGAUAAAGAUUUGUUUUCGAGAUGUUCCUUGGCGUAUUUGCUAAUCUACUUUUUGUUAACCUGGUAGUUCAGUUGUGUUUUGAAACUAUCACAUAGCUUCAAAAUGUAACCAUGGAUUCAGUUCUAUUCACAGACAAAAUAAACUGACCUGUUUUGUCUAUAAAUUAGCCAUAGAAGUCAUUUGUUAAACAAUUAGGAGGCAGCAUUAUGAGAGUAUGACUCGUGCCAAUGGUUGCUGCCUUUUAACAGUGGAUGAAAGAAAGUGAUGUGUAUAUAAUAUAUUGGAUGAUACCUAGACCUAGUCAUCUCUCUGAUAUUUUAACUUCCUAUAAAGUUUGACAAUCUGUUCUCUUAGGGAAUAAAUAAAAGGGAGUGAGAUUUGUUUUUAUGAGUUUCAUUUUUUGAUGUAACACCAAACAAGGCUUCAGAUUCAAACAAGGUUACAUGAGAAAAGCUUUAUUUAAAAGUACAAAACAAACACUGCAGACUUUGUACAGGAAUAAUUUACCACCACAAAUUUAGCCAGAAUGGGGGAAAAAAAAAAAACAGGAUGAUUUCAUUUGUACAUGAGGGUAGUUAAUUGAAAAGAAAACAAAUGAAUGUAAAUAAAAUAAUUUAGAAGAUGAGAAUAAAAAAAACAAAAUAAAUAUCAGAGAUCAAUGUGAUACAAGCAGAUUAAUGAGAAUCAUGAAUGUGAUUAAUCUAAGCCUAGUUUUUGCUGCCUUUCAUGGUGUCCAUAUUUACAAUCGCUAUUUUAUAUAUAGCACAACGCCCACGAGAACGAUCAAAACAGGCAAAUCUGUUCGACGUGGUUGCAUAUGGAAAUAUGAUUUUACAAAACAACCACACCCAUUCAUACAGUACUUAAAUGAUGACAAGCUCAAUAUUAAAGGCACUAUUUUAACUACAAAUAACAGGACUACUCCUAAUACCUUACAGUUUCAUCUUAACAUUGACAAAUAUAAAGUAAUAAUUUGGAGCAGCAUACUUUAUAUGUCAUGGAGUUACUAUAAGAUUCUUAUAGGCAAGUGUGUUUUAAAGAGCACUGGUUAAAAUUCCUAUGUGCGUUCUGGGUAAAUAGCUUUAAGGACUGAUUGAGCACAUAUUAUAUACUUUGAAAAAUAGAUAUAUUCAUACGUAAAAUAUAGAAUAAUUUAUCCUAUUCAGCCCAAAAGGCCACAUACAGCAUACAUAGAAUUGAAAAAAACAAGUACCCACUUAGUUUAAAGACCAUCUUCACCAUCUAACUGUGUUAGGAGGAACGUUUACUGCUUCAAAACAAGGAAAUGUCCACAGGCCUCAGUCAUAAGAUGACCUGUAGUGCCUCGGUCACUACUGAUUUUGCUAACUGGCCAAAAAAAACACUGGCAAACCUGUGAAAUGACAAAAUAGUUUUGUGAGAACAUGUCCUGUUCUUAUUAGUAUGAAUUAGGGCAUUACUGUCUGGUUACUGGAGGGUGUCGUUUUGUUUAACUCACAAUACAAAUUCAAAGAAUAUAAGGUGUGUUUUAAAGAAAGCACAUAGAUGGGUUAUGGCUUUGGUGGCAGCUGAAAUGCACACAAAGCAAAACAGCAAUGCCUCAAUAGUCCAAGGACUGAAAGAGCAGAUAUUGGUGUCAUCAGCAUUCAAUCACAG